UAACAUAGAUGUUCAGUAACUUUCACAUUGAAUUAUGAUGGUUUAUUAAAAUUAUAUGUUCUUUGUUUAUGUGAUUACUAAUAGAGUCAUGGUUUCUUGCCCAUUUUUCUGCCAGCUGGAACUAUCCCCAUUGCCUUCAUCGAGUGCUUUAUCCACUGUCAGAUUAAUGGAUAGGAGGUUUGGACUUUUUACGUUGGCAGAGACAUAUUACUACAAAGUCAUUCUCAGACCCCUUUGUUGGCAGUCAGAGGGCCAUGGAAAGAAUUGUGGGUCAUUGGAAGAAUUAGCAAAAGCAGAAGUUUGUGGAUUCACAUAACAAUACUGGGAAGUGGGUCUUAAUGAACAAGAUGUAUUGGAGCAUUGAAAAGUAAAUGGAACAUUGAAAACACAGAGUGAUUGCAAAGAGAGCUGCUACCCCUGUGGGGGGAAAGUGGGGGUGGUAAGAGGAAAAACUUAGAAUCAUUAGAAUUCAGAAGCUCACAGGAAGAGUCUGUAGGUUGGGGUUCAGAUCCCUGUGGGUGACAUGGUGGGGGGACCAUGGCUGACUGCGGUUGUAUCUUCAGAAGAUAGAGGCUGUUUGGGCAGGUGGGGGCCGGCUUGGAUGCAUGCUAGAGAUUAGAACCUCUCCAGCUGCCCAGGUGACGUGCCUGGACUUUGACAGCCAGCAAAGAACUAAUCUGCCAGCCUUUCUACCUCCCUCUGGCACCCCUGUCAGCGAAGCCUAACAGCAGCCUAACAGGAGAAAUGAUUGCAGAAUUCCAGACCACACGGCAGGAUUAGAAGGGUGGGAUCAGAGCUGAGAGGUAAUAGUUUAGGAACCGACUUGGUCCUGGAUACAAAAAUCUUCCUCUGGCUUGUUCGUGGUGGAAGGUUUGGGGCCAAACAAUACUCAGAGAAGUCAGAGAGGUGGAUCUGGGCUGGACGUGAUGUGGGUCUGACUUCAGAUAGACAGAAUAGACUUUCUUGUGCAAGUGUUCCCGGUGCGUACCAAGCAGGACAGUGGCUGCCAGCCUCGUGUGUUGCCUUCUCCCUACACCACAGCCCCAUCACGGGAAGCCACACCUCCUGCCCUCCCUGGAAAAGGAGGCAGCUUUGAUCUUCGUUCCUUCCUUUAUGAAACUAUUAUUCACAAAAUUCCUUAAGCUGUCUUGAAUUUGUUUAUCUUUAGUGUCUGUGACUCAUGGAACUGCUUAGUGAGACUUUGGUGGUGCCUUGUGUUGUGUUGGGUCUUGAGGACUGAGACGGUCUCCGCCCUCGGGGAAGGAACAACCUGGUUUGUGGCACAAGGCAAAUGUGACGAGGCUGACACAUGUUGAAUAUUAAAAUAGAACUAAUUCGACCUGGAAAGUAGAAAAGAACAGACCUGUGGAGAUUUACCUUUUGAACUUAUUUUCAAAGUCGGCCCUGUACAAGGAGUGUGUGUAGGUGUGUGCUGUGGGGAAGCAAGUAUUGAUGCCAACGACAAGAUUAAAGUGGAAAGAAGGAAAUAAUUAUUAAGACGGCCUUUGUCCUGUGUGAGGAAGUAUUAUACAGUUGCCCAAAAAACAACCCUAGCUUGGCUUCAAGGGUUUUCCUUAUUUCAGAAGUUUGAGUUUGCUGGGCAGUCCCCUCCCGCUCAUUGUGGGUCUUUGUGUGUCAGCCAUAUUCCUGCUGAGGUCGUCACCCUCAUAAGCCAAAAAGUCCUUUUAUUUUUUACUUUAACUUCCAAGGGAAGCUGCCUCAUCCCUGUCUCUGUAUUAGUUGUCCUCACAGAACCAUUUCUAGUGUCUUGCCUGGGCCUGCCUGCUCCUGAAAGGCUGUCCUCACCGGUACUGGAUCCGGCACACAAUGAACGCUGCCGGCUGCCAGGGCUCCGGAAGGGCCUGCAAGGUCACCCUGACAAGGACAGGAAGAGAGAGAUGUCGAUAACCCCGUGCCUAACCGUGGAGGCCAUGGACUAGCUCCCGGGGAGGACAGAUUCAAACCUGUGGUGCCAUGGCCUCAUGUUGAAGGAGUAGAAGUGGACUUAGAGUCUAUUAGAAGAAAAAACAAGGCCAAAAAUGAACAGGAGCGCCACGCUGGAGGAGAGAACCAGAAAGACGUAAUGCAGAGGCAGUAUCUCACAUUUAAGCCUCAGACUUUCACCUACCGUGAUCCUGUGCUACGCCCAGGGGUCCUUGGUAACUUUGAACCCAAAGAACUUGAGCCUCAAGGAGUAGUUGGAGGCCCUGGAGAGAAAGCCAAGCCUUUGGUUUUGGGACCAGAUUUCAAACAUGCAGUUCAAGCCAGCAUUAAAGAGUUUGGAUUUAACAUGGUGGCAAGUGACAUGAUCUCUCUGGACCGCAGCGUGAAUGACUUACGGCAAGAAGAGUGCAAGUAUUGGCAUUAUGAUGAAAACCUGCUCACGUCCAGCGUCGUCAUCGUCUUCCACAACGAAGGAUGGUCCACCCUCAUGAGAACAGUCCACAGUGUAAUUAAAAGGACGCCAAGGAAGUAUUUAGCAGAAAUUGUGUUAAUUGAUGAUUUCAGUAAUAAAGAACACUUAAAAGAAAAACUCGAUGACUAUAUUAAGCAAUGGAACGGCCUAGUGAAGGUAUUUAGAAAUGAAAGAAGAGAAGGUUUGAUUCAAGCACGAAGUAUCGGUGCCCAGAAAGCUAAACUUGGACAGGUGUUGAUAUACCUCGAUGCCCACUGUGAGGUGGCAGUUAACUGGUAUGCACCACUUGUAGCUCCCAUAUCUAAGGACAGAACCAUUUGCACUGUGCCGAUUAUAGAUGUCAUAAACGGCAACACAUAUGAAAUUGUACCCCAAGGGGGUGGUGACGAAGAUGGGUAUGCCCGAGGAGCAUGGGAUUGGAGUAUGCUCUGGAAACGGGUGCCUCUGACCCCUCGAGAGAAGAAAAUGAGAAAGACAAAAUCUGAGCCAUAUCGGUCCCCAGCCAUGGCCGGCGGGUUAUUUGCCAUCGAGCGAGACUUCUUCUUUGAACUGGGUCUCUAUGAUCCAGGUCUCCAGAUUUGGGGUGGUGAAAACUUUGAGAUCUCGUACAAGAUCUGGCAGUGCGGCGGCAAGCUCCUGUUCGUGCCCUGCUCGCGCGUCGGGCACAUCUACCGCCUGGAGGGCUGGCAAGGGAACCCGCCCCCCGUUUAUGUCGGGUCAUCCCCAACUCUGAAGAAUUAUGUCCGAGUUGUAGAGGUCUGGUGGGAUGAAUAUAAAGACUACUUCUAUGCUAGCCGGCCUGAAUCCAAGGCCCUAGCAUAUGGGGAUAUAUCUGAGCUGAAAAAAUUUCGAGAAGAUCAUAACUGCAAAAGUUUCAAAUGGUUCAUGGAAGAAAUCGCUUAUGACAUCACCUCACACUACCCUCUGCCACCCAAAAAUGUGGAAUGGGGAGAGAUCAGAGGCUAUGAAACUGCUUACUGCAUCGAUAGCAUGGGGAGAACCAACGGAGGCUUUGUGGAGCUCGGGCCCUGUCACAGGAUGGGAGGGAACCAGCUUUUCCGAAUCAACGAAGCUAAUCAGCUCAUGCAGUACGACCAGUGUCUGACAAAGGGUUCUGAUGGAUCCAAAGUCAUGAUCACACACUGUAAUCUAAAUGAGUUUAAGGAAUGGCAGUACUUCAAGAACCUGCACAGAUUUACCCACAUUCCUUCAGGGAUGUGCUUAGAUCGCUCAGAUGUCCUGCACCAAGUGUUCAUCUCCAAUUGCGACUCCAGUAAAGCGACUCAAAAGUGGGAAAUGAAUAACAUCCACAGUAUUUAGGGA